ACGUGUUUCGUUGGGUCGAGCUACAACCUCUGGUGCUCUCGCUGUGUUGCUAACAUUAACAGUGUGUGGGUUGCUAAUGUAAAUCUCUGAGUAAUAAAACGCUCAUUUGAGGCGAUUUGUAUCGUUGUUUUGAAUGCCGCCAUUGUACGAGUGGAUACUUGUAUCAAGCUAGGAUAAGUAUGCUAUCGAUGGAAAUGUCUCAAUAGCUUGGCGACAAUGUAACACAUAUUAUGUCUGAUAAUAUGUUGAGUUGGAAGGGUGUCACAUUCACUGUCAAUAUCGCCUGUUUUGAGAUAUUGAGAGCUGAUAGCUGCUGCUCCAAUAUUAAAUAUAGUUUAGUCUAAAUGUAGUGUGAGACAGCACAACUACACAUCAUCUAGAUAUCACUUAUUAACUAGCUGUUUGUAUGAUAUGAUUAGGUAGUGUUAUAGAUAUUAGACUUGCCCGUCUUGGAAGGGGCUCUGGUCAUUUUAUUCCAGGUAUUACGUCCUAAUGGCAAAGGAAGAAUGCAUAACACAGUGGAACAAAACAGGGGACACCUCAACACUACGAAACAGGAAAAUCUUUCCCACCUCAGAAAAGACCCCAUCGACUGCUUUGUCAAAGGACAAAAGCAGUCAGCAUUUGUCAGGAGAUGACACCCAGUCCUCAAAUGGGACAUCUGCUGAGUGGUCGGCCAGAGCUGUCAGUAAGGAAGCCCCGAGCAGAGUGCUGCUGAUGCUGGUUGUGGGGCUGUCCUUCUCUACACGCCUCUACAAGAUCACUGAGCCCCCUCAUGUGUGCUGGGAUGAGACGCACUUUGGAAAGAUGGGGAGCUACUACAUCAACAGGACCUUCUUUUUUGAUGUCCAUCCUCCUCUUGGAAAAAUGCUGAUAGGCCUCGCUGGUUACAUGACGGGUUAUGAUGGCACCUUUCCUUUUAUAAAACCGGGAGAUAAAUAUGAACACCACAACUACUGGGGGAUGAGAGGGUUUUGUGCCGUGUUAGGCUCCUUUCUCCCAAUCUUUGCCUACCUCAUAGUGCUGGAGUUGUCUCAGUCUCACACUGCUGCUCUCAUCACUGCCACCCUGCUCAUAUUUGACACGGGCUGUAUCACGAUUUCCCAGUACAUCCUGUUAGAUCCCAUACUCAUGUUCUUCAUCAUGGCAGCAGUGCUGAGCAUGGUCAAAUUCAACCAGCAGAGAUACAGGCCCUUUACUGCCUCCUGGUGGCUGUGGCUGCUACUGACUGGUGUAAACCUUGCCGGGGCGUUGGGGGUGAAGUUUGUGGGUCUGUUUGUCAUCUUGCUGGUGGGACUGAACACAGUCUGGGACCUCUGGAGACUUUUGGGAGACUUAAGCCUCUCACUGGUGGAAAUCGCCAAGCACUUCCUGGCUCGGGUUGUUGGACUCAUCCUGCUUCCCCUCCUCCUCUACAUCACAAUAUUCGCAGUCCACUUUGUUGUGUUGAACAAAAGUGGACCAGGAGAUGGUUUCUUCAGUUCAGCCUUUCAGUCCCGUCUAAUUGGGAACAACCUACACAAUGCAUCUAUGCCUGAGUAUCUGGCAUAUGGCUCCACCAUUACUGUAAAAAACCUCCGUAUUGCUGGAGGCUAUUUGCACUCUCAUUGGCACUUAUACCCAGAGGGAGUGGGGGCAAAGCAGCAGCAGGUGACUGCCUAUCUCCAUAAGGACUACAACAACUUGUGGCUGGUUCACAGACAUGGUGAUAAUGAAUCUCAAUCUGGGACACCUGAUCUGGUUCGUCAUGGUGACAUCAUUCGACUGGAGCACAAAGAAACAACCCGCAACCUUCACAGCCACCUCCAUGAGGCCCCUUUGACCAAGAAGCACUUCCAGGUUACAGGCUAUGGCAUUAAUGGCACAGGUGACACCAACGACCAGUGGCAGGUGGAAGUGUGUGGAGGUCGGAAGGGCGACCUGGUGAAGGUGCUGCGUAGCAAAGUUCGCUUUCGGCACAGAGCUACCGGCUGUGUGCUUUACUCCUCUGGCAAGACUCUCCCAAAAUGGGGCUGGGAACAGGUGGAGGUGACCUGUAGCCCCUACUUGAAGGAGACUCCGAGCUCUCAGUGGAACAUUGAAGAUCAUAUUAAUCCCAAAUUGCCCAACAUUAGUUUGUCCGUGCUGAAGCCCCAUUUUCUGGAGAUCUUACUGGAGUCCCACAUUGUUAUGAUAAGAGGAAACAGUGGCUUGAAACCUAAAGACCAUGAGAUGAACUCAAAACCCUGGCAUUGGCCCAUCAACUAUCAGGGAUUGAGGUUUUCUGGAGUGAAUGACACAGAGUAUCGUGUUUACCUGCUGGGGAACCCUGUGGUGUGGUGGACGAACCUGGCCAGUUUGGGAUUGUACAUUAUCAUGGUGGCAGUGGCGUCUAUAGCUCUCCAAAGAGGUUUCUCACUGGGCCAAAAGAGAAUAGAGCAUUCUCUUGUGCUUAUGGGAGAAGGAGGACUGCUACUCCUCGGCUGGCUGCUGCACUAUGUACCUUUCUAUACUAUGGGCCGUGUCCUCUACUACCACCACUACUUCCCUGCAAUGCUCUUCAGCAGCAUGCUAACAGGAAUUACAUUAGACAUUCUGUUGAAAAGCGCUGACCUGCUACUCCGCCCACCUUAUUGUGACUGGCUGCAGAGAGUCGGACAGAUGGUAUUUCUGUUCAGUGUUCUUUACAGUUUCUACCUGUUCCAUCCACUCUCCUAUGGUAUGACUGGUCCUCUGGCACACGAGCCGGGCAGCGCCAUGGCUGGACUGAAGUGGAUGGACUCCUGGGAGUUCUAGUCAGCUCUGCACGAAGAAGACACCAAUAUUAUAUUAUUAUAUUAUGUUCUGAAUAUGAGGGACUUUAAUCUACCAUGCGUCUCACAGACUUAAGGUCUUAAAGGGUUUACACAUAAAGUUAAUUUUCACAAGGUACUACUUUAGAAUCCCUACUUCUCCAAGUAUUUAUGUGUUAACAUUUCCAAGUAUUGUAUGUACAUCUAUAAUGUGAUGAAUGAAGAAUGCUUUAUAAGACGGACUUGAAUCGGUGCAAUAUGAAAGCCAGUGAGUUUUUGAGAGUAAAGAUUUAGACACUAAUCAUUACCAAGAUGCCUUAACUCACAACACAUCUCACAUCCUGGACUUGUAUAUAUACAUAUAUGUGUGUGUGUGUGUAUUUUAUGUCACAAUAAUAAGCUAAAGUGCCUGAAAGGAGCUAAUGAAAAUAGAUCAGAAAAGUUCAAAUGCUGCAUCUCCCUGUUCAUCAAGAAAACACUUUUUGUUACGUAGGUAUCAGAGUUCCUCAGAGAAUGUAUUUUUGUUUGCGAUUGUCUUGAUCUUAAUGCCUGCUAUUUUUGUAUUAGUGGAGUCUAGUAAUGGCUUCUGUUUUUACAUUAUGAGACUACUGCUGAUUCUGUGUCAUAUGAACAUUUUGGUAUGAUCAAUAAACUAUGAUAUUCUUGUA